GAUACCCAGGCGCUUCAAUCUUCAGUCCAUACGACAAAUUUUCGGUGUCGGCUCGUGUACGUGAAAAAUUUGUUCCCCAGUUAAACCCAAGUUUAUCAUCGUCAAAUCACCGAUACUCGAGGCCAAUUAAUCGUGAAACAACCACAAUACCGAGGGCCAACGAAUCUAAAUUACUUCGAGUGAAUAACCAAAGAGAGGCCAUACAAUAUGACGGACCGUAAAGCUGUUAUUAAGAAUGCUGAUAUGUCGGAGGAGAUGCAGCAGGAUGCUGUCGAUUGUGCAACCCAGGCACUGGAAAAAUACAAUAUCGAGAAGGAUAUUGCUGCAUAUAUCAAGAAAGAGUUCGACAAGAAGUACAAUCCAACGUGGCACUGCAUCGUUGGACGUAACUUUGGCAGCUACGUGACGCACGAAACAAGACAUUUCAUCUACUUCUACCUAGGUCAGGUGGCAAUUCUCCUCUUCAAGAGUGGAUAAGCUGCAUAAACACAAAAUCAACAAUUUCUCUGUACCCAAAACGAAAACAGGAAAAAAACCACUACCCCCUCCCUUCCUCCAUUCUUUCCACCUCGAGAUUCGCAAUUCCUUGAAAUAAAUUAACCGAUGUAUCAGAUAAUUCAUUGUUUUGAAAAAGAGAGUCCUAACAUCAAGACGAAUGUAAUAAGAGACUAAAUAUCGAUGGUAUCAUCCUGAUGUUGUUAAAUGGUUACUCGUGAGAGCGAGUAUAAACUGAUGUGUAGAAAAAUAAUAACUGAAAUCUAAGGGUAGGGGGACUUACUCUGGAAGAAAAAAAAAUGAAAAAAGCAUGCAAAUGUACAUGUUCAAAUGUAACAACGUAUGCAGGAAAAAAACUUUGUUGUGUUCUUGUUUUAUAUUAGGUAUAUCUACGGUUGGGUUCAAUGCUGGCGGUUUUUAAUUCAUAAUUUAAAAAAUUUGAAACGAUGAAAAAUUACAUUAUAGUUUAUGUACAAAGCGACAGCAACUGACAAUUUGUGAAAAUUCGCUGGAUUGUCAUCAUUAUGGAGGGGAUAAUUAAUUGAAAUUGCACGUGUGAAUAACCAGUCGCCAAUGAUGAACGCAAACCUGCAUUUUUUUUUUUCAUUUAUAAAGCAACAAAAUACUGAUGGAAUGAACAGCUAUUAUAUCGACUUAUCUGGAAUAACAGUCCCUCAAUCAAAAUUUAUCAUUCUGAUUCAACUAUGUACUUUUAUUCACCUCUAUCUUUUUUUUUAAAUCGGUUUUAUUGAAUUUUUGUUUGAUCAAUGGUAACAAAUAUUAAAAAGUUCAUUACACCGACUCAAUGUGGCAUUCACUUUAUUUUACGAUUGUUUACUUUCUUUUCUACUUUUUGAUUUAUCGACUCAAUUAUUAUGCACUUGGCUAUUAUCUGCAUAACAAAAAAACCGAAUAUCAAUAGUAAAUAGUGUUUAAGAUUAAAUAUUAUAGCAUAAUAUUAAAUCAAUAUCCGUUACCGUCGUUGUAAUUUGUGAUUGGCACAAGAAAGGAUGUGAACGUGGAAAUUUUAAUGAGAAAAUCCUCAGCUUUUUAUCUCGAUAUGGCGUUGCAUACUUAAAUCAUCUUAUUCGUUACGAGUGAUGAGUAAUUAAUUCUCUGUUGAUCUUUAAUACAAGUCGUUCGUCAUCUCGAAAAAUUCAAGGAGAAUAAAGUAAUCCAUAACUCCAGUUCACUUUGAUUUCUGAGCUGUGCCCAUUCCAUUGUGGAAAAUAAAAAACGUUUUAAUGGAAAAUUUUUAAUUAAAAAAAAUAGUGAAAAUACUACUGCAUUACAGAAGGCCACGGUAUUAUCUAAGGAAAAUCUAGACUAAGUAUUCAAAGUCCUUAUAUAGAUGAUUUAUAAAAUAUGUAUAUUAUUUGCACUCCACUUGAUAUGUGAACGCUUGAGAAAUCAUUGGAUCAUAAAGUGAAAAAAGGAUAGAAGAAUAUAUUCAAACAGGAGUAGAAAAGAAGUCUAGUAUUUUAUAAUGUGUAAUUGAAAAAAAAAAUUUUAACGAUAAUUAUCAACGACCCAUCGAAUUUAAAGAACUAUAGAUGAAAAUAUCUGUUGAAUGAGUCCACUAUUAUAACGUUUAUUUUCCCCUCGUUUUUUAUUAGUUUUAACUUUUACACGAAGAGUUUUAAUUGCCUGUAGCUGCAUCAUCGGCAUUAAUUGACGAAAAUCCUAGCAGAAUAAUUCGAUUGCGUUUAGAAAAAUUGAUCUUCUCUGUACCAGAUUCAUCAUUUAUACAUUCAAUUGAGGUGUUAGAUGGUCGAAAACUUAUUUCAAAUCUCCGUACAUGGUGUAGCUGUAAUUUUUAUGAUGAAAAAUGAAAAUAUAUAACACUUAGAAAAAUUUAUAAUAUGCCGAGCUUCACAUCUCUCGAGGCUCGUUGCAUUCUCCAAUUUUAAAGUCUUUUGCACCCAAAAAGAAGAUGAUAAAAUUAAAUAAAUGAACAAUGUGGCCUAGAUGCCAUAAAAAAAAACUCACGGCGUGUCUCAAUAAUGCGAGAGAGUUUUUUCAUUGCAUUUUUUUAAACGAAAUUACUAUUGGAACUGGGGGAUUUGGAAAUUUACUAAAUUGGAAAUACUAAUGGGCAUUAAAUUUCGAAGGGAGAAUACGAAUGUACCUCUAGAAAAUUGCUUCCAUCGAAGGUAAGGACAGUCCACAUCUCUUCGAAAAUAGUAGGCUAUUGGCAAUGAAAAUUCAGGGGGUAAAGAGGGCUUUGGAUUCAGUGGAUUGAGACACACCUUGAAAUAAUCAUUUUUAAAUUAGAGGGACCGUAUUAAUUUAAUGUUUGUGAAACCUUUGGAUGGACUGUAACCUGUGUGUAUAUUUAAACUGCUCUGUCUAAAGCUGCAUUCCUCAAUACUAAAUACUAAUACAGUUGUCUCUAAACGAAA